AUCCUCAAGUGGGCAAAAGUAGCCUGGGAGGGCCGCGGCUACUGAACCUAGGGCGACUCCGCUGCAGCCGCGGGACAGACGCGGGGAAAUGGCUGCGGGGCGGUGGGUCGCGCUGCCGCUGGCCAGGCUCGUGUUCGCUGCAGCGUUGGCCCUACAGGGGGCAGGUGCCUUUGUAAUCUCUCUUCAACGUGGUGGAAACAUAACAGUUAAAAUAAAACCUGGAUCUUCUGUUCCAAGUUCCUGUGCACUGCAUGAAGAAAAAAAGACUCAUCUUUCCGAGCAAAUAAUAAAGCCUGGACAGACGUUUAUUUUUACCUUUGGUUGUUCAACUCCAGAGAAAUAUUGGGUCAUAGUGGUGGAGAAGACCAUUGACUGUAUGUCGGGUCCAUGUCCAUUUGGAGAUGUUCAGCUUCAGCCUUCUGGGUUGCCACACCUUAAUAGGACCUUCAUUUGGGAGGCUAAAGCUAACAGAAGAGUUGGACUUGAACUGAAGUUCUCUCCGUGGUUAAGGCAAAUUCUGCCUGGAGACACCUGCCCUGAUCAAAUUAUUUACAGCAUCAGUAGCCGUCUGGCAACAGACAGAGUUCACAUUGGAACCUUCUGCAGACAUGGUUCAGUGUCACGGGUAAAGGCACAAGGUGAUGCUAUUUUGACUCUACGACUUCCUUGGGAUUCAAAACUCACAGCCUCUGGAGUUAAGCUUGAAAGCAGAUCAUCCAUACAACGACUGUGCAUUAUUGAAUCUACAUUUGAAGACAAAUCAUCAGCAACUUUGAUGUCUGCCAACUAUCCAUUGGGGUUACCAGAAGAUGAACUCAUGACAUGGCAAUUUGUUCUUCCAUCCAACUUAAGAGCAGAUAUCAACUUCAUCAAUUACACAAAACCAAACUGUGAACGGAAAUAUGAGCGGCUGGAAUACUCAUUACCUGAUUAUUUUUCUGACACUAGAGUGUUAUCCCUGGAUGAUGUACAACCUGUCAAUAUUCCUGGCAGUUUCAACCUUUCCCUGCAAGGAUGUGACCAAGAUGACCUGAAGCCAGGGGCCCUCAGUCUCCUUUUUAAAGUGGUUGUUGAUUAUCCUAAAAAUGAAGAGAAUGUAACCCACACGAUUGACCUAACACGUGAGAAGACUAAUCUUACAAUUUAUUCAAUGCCAUCAAACAUGGCAACAGAUUCAAUGAAUGAAUGCUUGAUCUGUGUUCACUCUAGUAGAAACUGCAGACCAAAUGUGACUUUAGAAUAUGGCCUCAAAUAUUCAGUCACCUUUCUGUGCCAGAAUUUGGAGAAUAUAAGGAUAAUUGCUGAGCAAAGUAUAGUUUGCUGGAAUGCCAGAACAUGUGAAAACCUAUUCUUUCAGCUGGCUGUACCUCCUGUUGUUCUCCGGCUGCCCAUUUUAAUUGAGACAUUUACAUGGAAGAUUCAAGCUCUUGAAGCAGUAAAUAUAGAAAUCAGGUCUCCCACCUUGAAACUCAAGCAACAUAUCCCAAACCGGGAUCAAAGGUGCACUGGAAGUUAUAGUUAUAUCAUUAAUGGCUCCAGCCCAGGAAGGGCAUGGAGUCUUGGUUAUUUUUGUCCUGUUGGAGUCAUUGAAAAAAUUCAGAUUAAAGAUAAUGUCACCAUAACCCUUAAGACGUUUGGCAAGAGAUGGUUCAAUGAGUCGAAUGCUCAGAAAGGGGAUCUAAAGCUAUUUUUUAAGCCAGUUCUACAAGAAGAUUGCAUUUUCACCCUUAGUCCGGAUCCAAAAGCCAGAGUUUACCUCCAGACUCCUAACUGGCUGGAAGGCCUUCUUCCUUUUAUGUCAGUGUACUGGAAUAUCAGUGUUCCACCAAAGCAAGUUGCACAGCUGACAUUCUUAAAUGAACGGAUGGGCAUAACGUGUGAAAAGAGUAGGGCUUUCAUCUAUGUUAAAGAACAGAGUCCAAAAGCCAUGGAAACUGUGUGCCGCGAUGAUAACUUACUGCCGAGGACUCUAAAUAUGCGACAGCAUUUUUGGAUUAAUAUCACUAAUUGUAAACCAUCUGCCAAGCAACAACUGAGUUUGCAAUUCUUGGUGAUGUUUCAAAAAAAUUCAGAUGUGACUCUCAUAAUUGGCGUGGUGGCUGGCGGGAUGGCAGUGCUAGCUGUUAUUGGGCUCGUCAUCUGCUGCGUUAAGAAAAAGAGGAAAACCAGAAGAAAGGAAAGCAAUAACCCAGCGGUGGGAGUGUAUAAUACCAAUGUCAACACCUUGUUACCCGGAAGGCAGGGCAUUUUUAAAAAGGAGAGAAAGAAGAAUGAUUCUCAUGUCUAUGCAGUCAUUGAUGAUGUCAUGGUUUAUGGGCACCUGCUUGAUAACUCUACAAGACCAGAAAUGGCUGAGGUUGGGGUGUACAGGCCCUUUUCUGGACCAGUAAGUGCUAUACCACCUUCACCACCUCCAAUCAGGAAAACAUCUAAGAACCCAGACCUGGAGGAAUCAUCAGGCAUGCUUGUAACUGACAGUGAGAACUAUACCUUUGCACAUCAUGUGCCAGAAGAUAUCCAGAGCAAUGGUGACCUGAAUGUGAGUGGUAAUGGACAUGUGGGCAGCAGGAACAAUGAACAGGGAAAUUCUGUGGAGUAGGCUUGGUAUUUGGAUGAUCUAUGACUUCCCUGAUUCAGAGAAAAAACUAAUUCUUACAACUCACUUGUGGGCUGUGUUUGAAACCAAUUUUUCUGUGGUUUCUUUUAUGGAUUGCAGAUCUAUUUAGAUUUUUGGAAAGAAGUUUCUGAGAAUGUAGUGCCGUAACAUUUUUUUUUAAAAAGUCAAGAGACCAACCAUCAAAUGUUAAACAAAACUGAGGAAUGGUGUUAGCAAAAAGACUCUUGAUCCAAAGUUUGCACUGGGUAAUGAGCGCUAAAUGGCAAGAAUUGUGCUUUUUGUAAAUUAGAUUUUUACGUAUUCUCCCUUUCAAUAUAUUAUGUGAUAUAUGUAUUUUUAAGAUUAUUACUUUUUAUUUUAGUUCUUGGAAACAAUGUAGUGAAUUUUAAUAAAUUAUCCUUAGCUGCAUAUUUCAAAGAGUGGGCAACACUAAGGUUCUAAUGAAAAUGAAAGGACCAUUCUGGAAUUAAUGGCAUCACUGCUUCAUUGUUACUAAGCAAUGGGUUGCCCUCCUGCUUGACUGAAAAGGUAUUCUGAUGUUGGUAGGUAGGAAACAAACUGUCAGUGAUAUUUGGGUUUGAGCUCCAUGGCUUCUUAGCAACUUUAUGCUAAGAAGUAAUAUGAUUUCUUGGAAACCAACAUAAGACUAUUAUGUAGAUAUGUACAGCCAGUGAUUAAGUACUGGCUUUCAAAUCCUGAAGUAGAGACUUAAAGAAAGCAGAGGUUUAUUUUCAUGGAUAGUCCAAAUGAUAGUUAUUAUAGCCUUUUAUAGUUCUGGACAUUCAAAGCCCAGGUUGCCAAAAGUCUGUCUGUGUAUGAAUAUGCCUCCAUUUGGUGGUGUGGUGCGGGGAGGUAUGGAAGUUCCUUUGUGGAACAUAAACAAUUUUGAAUAUUGCAUCAGGCUUUAACAUAGGCAUAGAUUGGCAUAUUGUGAAUUAACGUUUGAUAGUUUUGGUUCAACUAAAACACUUGAUUUAGAUACUGCCCAACUCCAACUGACUCUGGGUAGUGUACAAUAAAACCAACUGAACAAAAACAGAAUAUAAUAAUCCUAAAAAUAAAGUAAACAACAGAAACCAACAGUGGAUCCGGCAAACCACACGCACACACAAUCUGGCAGGGGCCCCAACCUUCCAACCCAGGGCCCGGGAGAACAGAAUGAAAGUCAAAAAAAGGAACAGGAAAGAUAUAGUUAAGCAUGUUUUUUUGUUUUGUUUUAUUUAAGUUUACUAUCCUUAUGGAAUUUAUCUUGAAGAAAUACUCUUGCCUUACACAGGAUUCUGCUCAAAACAUUCGGUAGCUGAAAAGAUGUGGGAAAGCAUUUUCACUUCAGCUUGAAAUCAACAUUUUGCAAUUCUACAUCAGCAGAUAGCAAAAGACUUUUGCCCAGUUCUAACCUCAAUGGCUCUUGAACCAAGGAUUUUCUUGGUGAAAUGUACCUAUAUACGAGGUGGGUGCUUUUAGAAGGAGGAAUUAAUAGCCAAAAUGAAUUGCUAGGAUCCUGGGGGUGGUAUGGUCGUGCCUUGUAGGUGCAGUGGAGCUUCUGAAAGCACCCCUUUCUCCUGCUUUGCUGCACAAACACGUUGUGCCUAAGACUUGGAGGACCUUCUGGAAUGGCCGGUGCAUUGUAAUGAGCUGACAAAAAGAACUGGGCGAUGCAAAGAUUGUCACAGAAUUGCCAUGUUUCCCGAUGGUUCUAUAUGAAGAACUAAACUAUUUAGAAUAUUUUGUACAGCUGUAAUUAUUUCUAUUAUCCUAUUUCAGAGACUGCAAACAUUUGGGAAGUUGCAGGCUACAACUCAGCCUCCUGAUUUUUCCAGAGGCUCCAGGAGGCUAUGACAUCAUAGGAAAAGGCGAGGCUGAUUUUUGCCAAGCUGUUAAUGCUCUAUUUAAUCACUGAUAUUUUCUUAUUUCACUUUAACUGUGUAGACCAAUAUAGACCAAACAAGUUGUUUGUUCUCAGAAAGGAUUAUAGUCCUUGUAUCCUCAGGCAAACCAGAACAAGUGCAAACAUUUGUUUACCAUUCUUAUAUGUCUAUAUUGUGAAUUUUGUUCAGGGAGGGUUGGGAUUAUUUAAUUAAAAAGAAAGUAUAUUAAAGGACUGGCAGUUGUCCUUCUGAAGUUACAGAAAUAUUUCCUGGCAGUGUAACUAUUUCUGAAAUCAAAAUUCUUGUCAACGGCAAGACAGAUUUAUCUUUUUCUUCCCCCUCAUAGUAGAGGGGCUGUUAGAACCUUCAUGUAUCCAAAAUUCCAGAUAACUGAAUCUUAAUAUGAACUGUUGGGUCAAGUAAGCAUUGUAAAACUACCUUCCUUGCCUAUCUUAUUUAUUACUUUUCUGUCACAAUUCCAUACUUCUUGGUUAGUUAUAACUUGCUCUUGAUAUAUUUCUUUCUCACCUUGAAAACCAACUUAAGUUGCUUUCUUAAUUUAGACAGGAUAUUUGUAAAUAUUUGUAACAUUUUGAAUGUGAUUGAAAGUCCCGAUGUUAUUGUUUUCAUAAUCCUGUAACAUGGUGAUUAUCUUAUGUUCCUCUGACACAGUUGUUUUAUUUAAUUUGCAUUAAUGUGUACAGUUCAAAUGUGUGUGUAUAUACGUAUUACAGAUACUUUGUGUGUUCUUCAGAAUGAAAUAAAAAUGUUUACAAGGACAAUUUAGGUGAAA